AUGAUUGAGAUCUGGGGGCACCGGUCGGCACCGUUACUACAGCUGUUGCACUGCGGGUUUGGCGUCGGAAAUAUCAUAUCCCCGCUCAUACUUAAGAGUCAUUUAAUCGGGGAAAUACACGGAAACUCGAGCACCGGUAGUCAAUCCAUUGGCAAUAAUACUAAUGAGACGAACGUUUGGGUGGAGAGUAGUGUUGACCGACGGACGGGACUUAUAAUCCCCUUUCAAAUCAAUGCAUUCAUUCAGUUAUUAUCGCCGGUAGCCCUGGUUGUGAUGUUUAUAUGGAAACGCUAUGAACCUCAACAUUCCAUACAACACUCUGACUCCAAGUUAGCUACCGGUGACAUACCUGAGCUGAAGCUGUUUGAUAGAGAAGGCUUUCCCCGCCAACGUGCUAUACUCCUAUUCUGUGUCUGGCUAUCCGUUUAUGUAGUAUCCGAAGCUACUAUACUAUUAUUCGGUGCCACAUAUUUCCAGUACUGUCCCCUAAAGCUAACGGCCCAGGAGUCGGCACAGUUACUCUCAACAGUGGCCACGGCGUUCACUGCGGGCCGUGGUCUUAGUGCCCUAUUGGCCCUACGAUUCAAACCGCAACAAAUGAUUUGCUAUCACUUUGCUAUACUAAUCAUCGCCACUAUUACCCUAUAUGUGGGGCAAUACAACCUAACGGUGCUGUGGGUGUCCACUAUAAUGGCAGGACUUGGAUUUUCAGCCAUGUUUCCGGCAAUGUUCGCAUACCUGGAACAAUACCUGUCCAUCACUAACCCUAUCGGUUCGAUCGCUAUAUUUUCUUCAGAAGGAAUGACCAUGACAAUGUAUGCGCCCGUUAUGGUCGAUAUGAAGUACAUUCUGCACACAUCCAUACGCUAUGUAUCGCUUUACACCACUUUCCUAUCGGCCGGGUAUAUGACGGGAACUGUAUUCGGAUAUCUAUACGAAUACCUGAACCGUCAGUUAACAGCCAUUAUAUUUCUGGCAUUUAUGAGCAUCGGGUCAGCCCUCACACCCCUAUCCCCUAACCUCUCGGCACUAUACACGUGUGCAUUUUUGGUGGGAAUGGGCGCCAGUGUGUGGAACAGUAUGUGUAAUGUAUGGAUGAUUGAGCUCUGGGGGCACCGGUCAGCACCGUUACUACAGCUAUUGCACUGCGGGUUUGGUAUCGGGAAUAUCAUAUCCCCGCUCAUACUUAAGAGUCAUUUAAUCGGGGAAAUACACAGCAACUCGAGCACCGGUAGUCAAUCCAUUGGCAAUUAUACUAAUGAAACAGACGUUUGGGUGGAGAGUAGUGUUGACCGACGGACGGGACUUAUAAUCCCCUUUCAAAUCAAUGCAUUCAUUCAGUUAUUGUUCACCGAUAACACACCGGCGCCUAAGCUGUUUGACAGGGACGGCUUUCCCCGCAAGCGAGCGAUACUCCUAUUCUGCGUAUGGCUGUCCACCUACUGUGUAGCCGAAGCUACUAUACUAUCAUUCGGUGCCACAUAUUUCCAGUAUUGUCCCCUAAAACUAACGGCCCAGGAGUCGGCACAGUUACUCUCAGCUGUGGCUAUAGCGUUCACUAUAGGCCGUGGAAUAAGUGUACUAACGGCCCUAAGAUAUAGUCCCCAACAAAUGAUUGGCUAUCACUUUGUUGUACUAAUUAUAGCCGCUAUUACCCUGUAUGCGGGUCAAUAUAACCUAUCGGUGCUGUGGGUGUCUACUAUUAUGACAGGUCUAGGACUGUCAGCCAUGUGUCCGGCAAUGUUCGCAUACCUGGAACAAUACCUGUCCAUCACUAACCCUAUCGCAUUGGUGAACAGGUAUUCCCGAUGUUUCAAUUCCCAAAUUGAUAAGCAAUUCAGUGUUAUUGAUAAGCGAUUAAAUGGCAAUACUUGUGAUGGUGGACCGGCUAUCGGUGAUCCAGUCUCCCAUAUCAUAAGUAAUGGUGUUGUGGGAGAUUGCAAAUAA